AUGGCACGAAUCAAGCGACGGGAUCCCCCAGCUCCCGCCAACGGAAGCGGAGAUAAGAGCAACGUGGUGAAGGCUGCGCAGGAGCCAAGCGACUCUGGCCCUGCAGAAGCAGCGUCGAAACGGCGCAAAGGAAGCGGCGAACCUUAUAUUGGAACGACGGGCGAGGACCUUCCUCUAGCCGAGCCCAAGGAUGAAGAGGGAAAAGAAGACGUGAAGGAGGAGCAGACGGCGAGACACACUGCCAAUUCCAAACAGGAGAAAGAAGGCGGCAGGCGGACCAGAGACUCCGAGACGACGGAUUCGACUCCGGAGUAUGGACCGGAACGGAAGCGCAAAGGAGCUGAAUGCAAGGUGGAGCCUGUCGAGGGCUGCGUGCGGGUCAACCGGGCGCCCGUGCUGGCGCUCUGGGUAGCUGUCGUGGCGCAACGAGAGGGCUACACGUGGCCAGAGAGCCUCAGCUUUGGGAUGUAUAUCGCGGGACUGUUCGCCGUAAGCAAAGCGAGGCAUCUGGGCAUCGUCCGCCGGAGGGCCCGCGUGGACCGGACCAGGCGGCAGCAGGAGAUGAUGCACCUCGGGCGGUGCCCCGUGUUCGGCAUCCAGAUCUACGUGAAGAAGACUCCGGGCGGCCUGCGGGCGAUCGGCCCGGACGGGCGGCCCAUCGAGCCGGAUGAUGUGAUGCAGUACCUGCGGAGAAAGUUUGGGGACAAGCUGGAGCUCGUCAAAAAGGCCAUGGAGUCGCUCGCGUGCGUCUACUCGCCAAACGAGAUCGGCGAGGUGGCUUACGACCUGUAUGAGAAGUUCCGGCCACCGGUGCCCCCGGGGCGGAGCGGCUUCGGAACGAAGGGCCCCCUAGACCUGGCAUACAUCUCCAAGACCUUGGUAGAGGAAGCGAGAAAGGCAAAAGGGAAAGCCAACGCGUAG